AUGGGUUCAAGGAGUCCAGCAAGGCGGGAAUCCGCCUCGACGGUAAAUGCCGGACCCGAGGGGAACGUGUUCUGGCCAGAACUCCGACAGAACCUCACCUCAGACGCGGCACUCGACAACUUCACGGUGGUCUGCCCCGUCUGCGCGACGUCAAUGAGGGCUGUUGAGAGCACCAGCCGGAACCUGGCCAAGAUCUUGCACUGUGGGCAUAUGUUGUGCAUGGAGUGUUGCAUCCGUAUCUGCGCCAACGUCGACGGCCGCCGCAGCAAUCCAAACGGGCGCAAGCCACAGUGUCCUAUUUGCAAGGAGCCUCUUGGAAAGUACCCGAAUUGUGGCCAGAGCUGUCUGGCUCCGGGAAGGGUUGGGCAUCCGAUGCCCAGGAACAUGGACGAAAUGGGCAAGGUUCCUCUCACGAUACCCGAAGGCGGUGCGAAUCCGAGCUGCUGCAAGAUUUGUCGGAUCAAGCGUAUCGAGAGACUGAGCAGGAAGCUUGUCCGCGAGAUUGUGAAUGACCAGCAGGCGAUGGUGAAGUGGACUCCGGCGGUGGAUGCGGCGCGACAGGAUGAGAGAGACUGCAGCAACUAUGUCGAGGUGCCAGAGUUGCAGAAGUUUCUUGAUGUUUUGGCCGAUGUGGUGAGGGAUCCCGAGGUUUAUCGGAAGUACACGAACCUACAACCUCAAAAGUUUAGCCCUCCACAGAGUGCCAAGGCUAUCAUUCCUGACCGCAAGAGGGAGGUGUAG